CCUACGCCGCCACUCCCGUCCCCGCUCCCGUCCCCUCGCCCACAUCUCAGCCUCUGCCUCUGCCGCCGCCGCCGGGGGGAUCUGAGGGUCGCUUACCGGGCUGGCCCCGCCGCCACCGCUGUCGAAUCAGCCGUCUGUCAGCGGCCGCUCCGGGAAGAGGCUCGCCGGCCGCGGAGUCACUUGGGGCCUCAGUUCUCGCCCUCUUGCCGUCGCCGCGGGUCCUGGAGAAGCGGCAGCGGCCGGGGAACGGGGCGUCGCGGUUCCAACGAUUAACUGCUGAAGUACUGAUCGAGUUCUGCGUUUCUUCAAUGAGGAACUACAGGCUGAUCUUCUGCCAUAACCUCAAACAGCCAUAAAUGACAAAAGAAUGCUUGCUCAGUGAGGGUAGCUGGUGCAGAAGCCAUUUUUUAAACUUAGGUGUUUAAGUACUCAAAGAAAAGACAGCUUUGAUUUCUGGCUGCAAAAAAGAUAUGAGGAAGAGCUCCUCCCCUUCCUUGAGUAACUGCAACUCCGUUCUUGCUAACAAAAUAUUUGGAAUUCCACUUGAUGAGCUGCAGCAGGGAGGACAUCCAGACAAUGAGGUUCCGUUCAUAGUCCGCCACGUUGUGGACUAUAUUGAGGAACAUGGAGGUCUGGAGCAACAAGGACUUUUUCAAGUCAAUGGAAAUGCUGAGACAGUGGAGUGGCUUCGGCAGAGAUAUGACAAUGGAGAAGAGGUGGAUUUGGUUAAGGAAGCAGAUGUUCCCUCAGCUAUUAGUCUUCUUAGGUUUUUCCUUCAAGAACUUCCUGAACCUGUUAUCCCUGGCAGUUUGCAUAUUCACUUGAUGCAGCUUUCUCAAGAUUAUAAUAAUGAAGAUGAAUUUGGAAGAAAGUUGAGGUUCCUCUUGCAACAACUUCCACCUGUUAAUUACAGUUUGUUAAAGUUUCUGUGUAGAUUUCUAGCCAACGUAGCAUCACAUCAUGAAGAAAUUUGGUCUGCUAAUUCUUUGGCUGCUGUCUUUGGUCCAGAUGUCUUCCACAUUUACACAGAUGUGGAAGAUCUGAAAGAGCAAGAAGUAGUAAGUAGGAUAAUGGCUGGACUUCUGGAAAAUUACUAUGAGUUUUUUGAGAAUGAAGAGGAAGAUUUUUCAUCUAAUGAUUUGAGUUCAAUUACUGAACAGGUUAAUGAACUUUCCGAGGAAGAAGAGGAAGAUGAAAAGCUGGAACACAUAGAAGAACUUCCAGAAGAGGGUGCAGAAAAAUCAAAUGACAUGCCAGAGGUGGUACAGUUAAGAAUGACUGAAAACAUCCUAGAACCAAAUGGUGUUACAGCAUCAACAAGUGCUCAUAUGUCUCCCAUCAGCAUCUUACCAGCUUCUGCAGACAUUUUAGAAAGAACAAUUAGAGCAGCUGUGGAACAACACCUUUUUGAUCUGCAGAGCAGCCUAGAUCAUGAUCUUAAGAAUUUACAACAGCAAAGUCUGGUGUGUAAUAAUGAAGCAGGAAGUAUUAAUUGUGAUGGGGAAGGCUCUAAUAACCAGGUUGAUAUUGCUGAUGGUAUUAUUAAUGCCAGUGAGAGUAACAGAGAGUAUUCAGAACCUGUGGCUAGCACUAAUUUAGACAAUGAAGUUAUGCAGCAAGAUUUUGUAUUUGAGGAUGAAGAAAAUAACCAGAAACCACAAUUGAGUAUCUUUGAUGACACAUUUGCCUUGAUUAUAAAUCAAAGAAUGUACAUUCUCUCAGUAGAAGUCAGGAACCACCAGAAGUUGGGUAGAGAAGCACCUUAUUUUAAGGUUGUUUUAUCUGAAGUGUAUGAAGAAAAUUCAGCAUCAAAGUCUGUAGGUAUACUCUUAGAGCCAUGCAGUGACCAGGGUGAUAGUGAAGAUGGCUGUCUUGAAAGGAAAGAAUAUUUGUCAUUUGACAGUGAUACAUUGUCACACUUGAUUCUGGAGUCUAGUAGCAAGAUACGUGAUUUGAAUGCCAACACUGAAUCAGAAGUGCCGGGAGGUCAAAGUGUUGGUGUUCAAGGGGAAGCAGCAUGUGUCCAAAUUCCACAUUUAGAUCUGAAGAAUGUUUCUGAUGGUGAUAAAUGGGAAGAUCCAUUUCCUGCUUUUAAGUCUUGGCAGGAGGACUCUGAGUCUGGAGAAGCUCAGCUCUCUCCACAAGCUGGAAGAAUGAAUCAUCAUCCCUUGGAAGAGGACUGUCCUCCAGUAUUAUCACACCGUAGUUUAGAUUUUGGGCAAAGCCAGCGUUUCCUACAUGAUCCAGAAAUGUUGGAUUCCUCAUCUAAAGCACUUUGUUUUGCCAGGAUUCGAAGAUCAUCCUUUAGUUCAAAAGAUGAAAAAAGAGAAGACAGAACACCAUAUCAGUUGGUCAAGAAACUUCAGAAAAAAAUCAGACAAUUUGAGGAACAGUUUGAAAGGGAAAGAAAUAGCAAGCCCUCCUACAGUGAUAUUGCAGCCAAUCCAAAGGUAUUAAAAUGGAUGACAGAGCUUACCAAACUGCGGAAGCAAAUUAAAGAUGCAAAACACAAAAGUUCUGAUGGAGAAUUUGUACCUCAGACACGUCCACGUAGUAACACUCUUCCAAAAAGCUUUGGCUCUUCUCUAGACCAUGAUGAUGAAGAAAGUGAAGAUGAAUCCAGGGUCAUUCAGAAGGAGAAGAAGCCAUCCAAGGAAGCAACACUUGAACUUAUUCUGAAAAGACUGAAAGAAAAGCGUGUUGAGAGGUGUCUUCCAGAAGAUAUCAAAAAAAUGACAAAAGACCAUUUGGUAGAAGAGAAAACAUCUCUCCAGAAAAGUCUUCUAUACUAUGAAAGUCAACAUGGAAGGCCGGUGACCAGGGAAGAAAGGCACAUUGUUAAACCUCUCUAUGAUAGAUACAGACUUGUAAAGCAGAUGCUGACAAGAGCUAGCAUCACUCCUGUCCUUGGAUCUCCAUCCACCAAGCGAAGAGGACAGAUGUUACAGCCAAUCAUAGAAGGAGAAACGGCACAUUUUUUUGAAGAAAUCAAGGAAGAAGAAGAAGAUGGUGUCAGUCUGUCAUCUGAGUUAAGUGAUAUCUUGAAAACGGCUGUACAGGCACAGUCUUUUUCAAGUUCAUUGGAAAACUCAGAAUCUGAUGUUGAAGAAAAUCAAGAAAAAUUGGCUCUGGAUCUCCGACUGUCAAGUACUCGAGCGGCUUCUAUGCCUGAAUUAUUGGAACAACUUUGGAAAGCCAGAGCUGAAAAAAAGAAACUACGUAAAACACUACGGGAAUUUGAAGAAGCAUUUUAUCAACAAAAUGGAAGGAAUGCCCAGAAAGAGGAUCGUGUUCCAGUGCUUGAGGAGUACAGGGAGUACAAGAAAAUUAAAGCCAAACUUAGGCUUCUUGAAGUUCUUAUCAGCAAACAAGAUUCUUCAAAAUCCAUAUAGAACAUCAUAAAAUCACUUGUAUUCCCUGAAGCUAUCAUCAUGUGUUCUUGGCUGGUUUUCGAUUUCAUUUUAUCAGGCACUCAGAGAAUUUCGUUUUGUACUUGGUUGUGGUGCAACUAAAGAAAUGAUGGGAGAGUAAGUUGGCCCUCUACAGGGAACGUAAGUGAUGUUCCAUAUAAACCACAGACUGUCGUCUCCAUCUUUAGUAAAAAUGCAGUUUUCCUUCAUUGUUUUGUACUACAGAUACAUCCUGUUUCCAAAAGACUAGAAUUUUAUCCUUUCAACUUCAAGAACUUUGGAAAUACAAGUUUUUUUUUUAUUACCAACUUUAUUAUUUUUUCAUUUCUGAAGAAAAUUGAGAGGAAAAUCUUCACAUCACACUGAAGUCUUCAGUUGCCUUUUUCUUACAGAAUGACUGAAAAUUUGAAAGAAAAGCCUGUAAAAGUGCACAUAUGCAACUGUGUUCUAUCUUUUCCUAGAAAACCAAAAUCAGACUGAAAUUUCAAGUCGUACUACGGAACCACCUUUAUGUUCAAUUCCCAAAAUGACACUUUCUCACAGGUAGUAUGUUAGCAAAAUUACCUAAUUUGGUGGUCACACAUCUCCUGGAUGAAGAUAACAGUAGGUAGACCAAAAAGUGACCUUGUUUAGUAUAUUGAUAAUACACACCACACACAAAACUGAAUCAUAUCACAUGCUGCCUAUGGGACUUAAGUUACUGUUUGUUUUCUCAGUUACUGUGUAUCAGCUGGUGAUGAUACUAUUUGGAUCAGAUCUGCAUUGUUCCCCCCAUCCACCAUAAUGUGAGAAAAUAGCCAUGUCAGUAUGUAGGAAGUCUGUUGGUGCUCAGAUUUGUAUGUUCAAUCAACUGGGCCUAAACUGGCAAAAGAAUCAUUAUGCCUAAAGUAAAUUUGUUCUUAACAAGGGCUAAUACCACUGCAUUUUUUACAUGUACCUUCAGAGGAGUUGCAUUGUUGCUGUUGUUUUCCUUCUAGUCAGCAAAGUCCACGCAAAAACACCCUCUUUUGCUCAGUCACAAACUGUUUAAAGCAGCUGGUUAUGGGAUGUCUAGUGGUAUGCCCUUUGACAUAUACUUUAAGGAUAUCUUUUUUUGUUGUUGGCUUUGCAUGGCUUUUCUUCUGGUACUCUACUAGUAUCAUUCUGCUAAUUAUUUUUACAGAAUGGUGACUUUAUUUGUGCUAACAGUACAGCAGUCAUUAAUAGCAGAUUUUGUUCAGGCUUAAUCUAAGUUUUAUUUUCUUUUUCCUGGUGCUUUUUUGAUGAGCGUGUCUCAUUUUGACUGUGGCCAUGUUUUGCAUGCAGUGACUGAUGCAUGGUUUUCUUACUAGCUAAUAUUAACAGUUUGUUCCAUACAAAAACAGACUUGCAAAAUUCUUUAAUAAGAUGAGGGAAGCAUGAACCUUAGAUUUCUGGCACUACUGUGUAGUAAGCACGUAAAGUAGCUUGAUAAUAAAUAGUGUUUCUAGUACUUCACAUUUCACCUGUGCGUGCAGUGCCUUUUUUGGGGGGAGGGAAAAUCCAGUGGUAGUGAACGUGUAGUUGGGGAAUAAAACAAGCACUAAAUCCAGCCCUUUUUGCAUGGUUUCUUUUGAUACAGCUAGGUUAUUCAUAAUAUAUACCUUGGAAAGUAAAAUGGAAAACACCAGAAGAUGUAUCACUUUGAUUUGAAUCCAUCAUGCAGUGUACAUUUCAGUUAAUUUCUUACAGUCUCUAAACAGGAAUGUAUCCAAACAUCGGAUUUCAUGUGCACUGUAUAUUGUUUUAUAUGAAUGUUUGUGUUUUAUAUACCACAUGCAAAAAUGUCCAUAUGCACUAUUUAAAUGUUUUAAAUAAUAUAUUCCUUCUUUAUAAUGCUUAAAUCUAUAUGAGUACAAUAUUUUUAUAAGUCAGUGACCUGACUGGUUUCAUUUUAAAAUUAACAGCUGCUUCAUGAUGUUUGUUAUUCAAUGUUAAUGUUUGGCUGUUAAGUAGAAUAGAUAAAAGUGGCAUGGCAGCACUUAUGCUAUGUGACAGUAUUGUGUGUCAUAGUUGAGCAGUUAGGUGGUAGAACUAGGCAAUUUGUGAUAGUUUUACAAGUCAAAACUGUAUAUCUAUAUACAAACAAUAUAUAGAUAUAUAUAUGUCUACCAGUGUAAUUGCAUUGCUGUGUCUGGCACUUCAUUGUAUAGACUUUUGUAAUAAAAGAACUUAAUCUUUAAUGUUCUGAGUCAUUAUAAAUGUUUUUUUGUUUUUCCACUAGGUGUUAAAAAAAAGAAAAAAAAAAAAAACACA